GUGUGUGAAAGAGAGAGAGAGAAAUAAAAGGAGAGAGAAGGGGAGAGAAGGGGGAAACCAAGAUGGCUGAGUCUUUCAUGUAGCGGUGAAUUUGAAAUUAGACGUUGUGGAGUGUUUUGGCAAAUAUUUGGGAUUGGAUUACUGUUAGAUUUCUUACUCUGGAGUUGUCAAAUGGCAGUGGAUGGUGUUCCCAAGGUUCAGACUGAGAUCCUUCCAGUUGACGAACCUCCGGUCCCAUCUUCCACGCCCGACCAAGAAACCACCACGCCCAAAAGGAAAGCAACCAAGCAGCAAGCCAGCAGAGUCUCCAAAUCGGACACCAAGAAGAAAAAAAAGAAGAAGAAGAAAAAGAAGAAAAAACAGAAGAAUGCGGAAUCAUCGCCAACGACCCCUCCGAUGGGAUCCUCGGGGAGGCAGCCCAAGACGAGACGGAUGCUCGGGCAAACCACAGAGGAGGAGAAGACAGCCACCUUGAAUAAGACGAAAAGGACUUCGGGCAGGAAAGCAAAGGAGGAGCAGUUGGUCAAGAAGAAGUACUGGAGGGCGGGGAUUUACUCGGACACUUUCAAGGAAGAAUUGACCAAGAAAAGGCCAGAUGAAGAGGAAGAGGGUAAGAGUGGGAACAAGGUUUCCCAAGAAGAGACCAAUCCAGCUGCCAAUGAGACCAAAAUGGAUACAGCUCCUCCUGCAUCUUUAACAGCGACGUCUGAAGCAACAGAAGGUGAAGAUGGAAAUCUGUUGAUGGCAGAGAAUUCUUCCUCAGGGACAGGAGCAGAAGGAUCCAAGCCAACAACAUCGACUGAAACAACUCCAGCAGACGCGUCGGCAACAGCAGCAACUCCUCUGGAAACAACUCCUCCGGAAACAACAAAGAAGCCUGAGGAAAGUGAAGACGGGGAGUCGGCGGUUGCAGCAGCGGAACCUGAGGAGAUGGCUGUGGAUGUGCCACAGGAUGCCACUGAAGCAGGGGAUAUUGCUGCACCGUCGGAGAAGGAUGGUACGGACGGGGCCGAGGAGGGCAAGACAAAGUUGCUUCCGUUUCCCUUUCAUGCAGGCAUCAACUUGUGUGAGGAAUGGUUUGAUUUUGAGCUGCCGUACGACAUCUGGUGGCAGUGGGUACACAACAAACUACCUUCCAGGACUCAAGCACCCAAAUUCAAGAAGAUCAGAAAUAACAUCUACUUUGAAAUGAAACCCAGCGUCCAAACGGAGAAUGUCAGAUGCAGCUGCAAGAGGCCCUACAACUCAGAAGAGAAAGGAUGUGGCGAAGAUUGCCUCAACAGGCUGAUCCAACAUGAAUGUUCCUCUGCGUCCUGUCCGUGUGGUGACCAGUGCUCAAACCAAAACAUCCAAAGACAUCAUUGGAGUCCAGGACUUAGGAGAUUCAUGACGGAGUCUCGAGGGUGGGGAGUAAAGACCCUUCAACCCAUCCGCCAUGGCUCUUUCAUCAUCGAGUACUUGGGCGAGGUGAUCAGCGUCAAGGAGCUGUGGAAGAGGGCGCUCGACGACUAUCAGUACCAGAAGCAUCACUACUGUCUCAACCUGGACGGAGGGAUGGUGAUAGAUGGCUAUCGCUAUGGCAACGAGGGUCGUUUCGUCAACCAUAGUUGCAAUCCCAAUUGCGAGAUGCAGAAAUGGAUGGUGAACGGGUUGUACAGAAUAGGAAUGUUUGCUUUGAGAGACAUUGAACCAGGGGAGGAGCUCACAUAUGACUACAACUUCCACUCAUUCAACAUGGAGACACAGCAAGAGUGUAACUGCGGUCACGAGACGUGUCGAGGGUACAUCGGCGGAAGGGCCCAGAAACCUACCACGGUGGUCAAGAAGAACAAGGUCGCGGUCAAGCGGUCAUCGACAUCCAAGAACAGUCGACAGAGCAAGAUCAUGAAGAAGAACCUUGAGGGUCAUCGAGAUGAGGAAGGAGGAGACGGAACCCCGUCGUCACGACCCCGGGAGCUGCUCCUUCCUAAACCCAUGUCCUACCGGGAGAUGAACUUUGUAGCCGACAACAGACUCUUCUUGCUGCGGAACAUAGAGAGGGUGAAGAGGAUACGGGAGGGCAUCCUCAAGAAGCGGGAGACCGGUAGCAGCCAACGGACCAACAGCGCGGAGAGACAGUACACCAUGGAUAGGAGUGGGAAAGAUGUGUUCAUGGCUCAGUUCACGGCGUUGAAGACGUCGCGCUCGGUGAAGACCAGACGUUUGGCUGCCGCUCAGGAGAACACGGAGGUGACGAAAGCGGCGCGUCUUGCUCAGGUCUUCAAGGAUAUCUACACCGCGGUCUGCACCUAUCGCAACCCUAGCGGUCAGAGCCUUGCCAUCCCUUUCAUGAAUUUACCGUCUAAGAAAAGGAAUCCUGACUACUACAAGCGGAUCUCUGACCCGGUCGACUUGAGCACCAUCGAGAAGAACUUGAUGACGGGGAAAUACAAGAGCGUUGAAGCCUUUGAUUCAGACUUCCUCAAAGUCUUCAAGAACUCAGAGAAAUACAAUGGCAAGCGGUCAGACUUGGGCAAGGAUGCAGCGGUCUUGAGAAAGAUUUACCUGACCGCAAAGGCUCAGGCCACUAGCCAUCUCCAGGACAUCUUGGAACCAGUCAAGAAACAAGUGGAUGUCGAGGCUCUCAAAGUGGUCAAGGAUCCCAAGGCUGGUCCAAAGGAAGAGGAAGAAGAAGAGAUCAUCAGAUGCCUGUGUGGUCUCUUCAAUGAUGAGGGUCUGAUGAUCCAGUGUGAGAAGUGCUAUGUAUGGCAGCACUGUGACUGCGUAGGGGUCAAAGAUCAACCGGAACAUUACCUCUGCGAGAACUGUGACCCUCGACCUGUGCCAAAGGAAAUUGUGAUGGUACCCCAGCCCAAGAAUGCACAACCUAACCAUUCAUACUACCUGUGUCUGCAGAGGGAUGAUACACUCAUAGUUAAACAAGGUGACUGUGUAUACCUUGCUCAUGAGAACCAGCGACGUGGCUCCGAUGGAUCACCUAUGAGAACGUCUGCUAGAAUCAUGGCUAAUACGACACCAGACAAGUUUAAUAUCUUCAGGGUUGAAAAGCUCUGGAAGACUGAAAUUGGAGAACGCUUUGUAUUCGGUCACCAUUUCUUGAGGCCCCACGAAACUCAUCAUACUCCGUCCAGAAAGUUCUUCCGAAAUGAGUUGUUCCGAGUGCCUCUAUAUGAGAUCAUCCGACUAGAGUCCAUUGUAGGACUUUGUUGUGUGAUGGACCUUGCCAAGUACUGCAAAGGGCGACCUAAAGGGGUGAAGGAGCAGGAUGUGUAUGUCUGCGAGUACCGUCUGGAUCGGACGGCGCAUCUCUUCAGUCCGAUCGGCAAGCUCAGUCGAUAUCCUAUCUGCACCAAGAGAUACGCUUUUGACAGAUUCGAGAAGAAGCUUGUUCCCAAGAGAGAUUACACGCCUCAUUACAUUCCAGAGCAUUUCAAAAGGCAACAAAGGACUAAUCCUGUCAAAUGUAAGAAGGACAAGAACUCAGGAAGCGAAGAUUCUAUGAACAACUCAGAUCACAGCAAGAACGGACUCAACGUAUCAGGGGAUGCACCAAGUGCCUCUGACAAUGAAACAAAGAACAGCAAGAGGCGAAGGGGUCCCAAGACUGAGGCUGAUAAGGAGAGACAACGACAGCGUCUAGACGGCAUCAUGGUUCAUCUUCUUUCUCAACAACGAGCCGCCAAGCAGUGUAAGACCGGCUCGCUUGAUGAUGAUGGUGGUGAUGAUGAAAAAAAUGGUGGCUCGGCUGUCUUGGAUGUGACUUAUCUCUUAGAGCAAGGUAAAAAGCAGAGGAAGAGACAGGCACCGGUAAUGGAAGACUUCGUCUGAGUGUUACCAUGGCGAUUAGAAUGACCAGGGAUCAUCGGGGGCGAAGCAUUCGACUACACCCAUCCGCCCACGCCGAAGGACUCGUGAGGCGAUGUAUUACCAUGGAAACGACAGAAGCAGGAAACCAGGGAAGCCAUACUUGAUGCGACUAGGUUGGAUUCCGAUGAAAUCAAAGAAAAAAGAAAGGUCUUGCGAGAGCAGACGGUACACAGCGGCGAUCUGGAUUUGAAAUGACUAAAGAAGAGUUCUCAUGUUGGAAACAUUUAUGAACUAAUUCAGGAAAUGUGGUAGUUAUUGGUGUAACUUAUGUCGGUAUAGGUAAUGAUAGCUUGUUGAUAUCAUCACAUGAUUAUAAAGACAUCUAAGGUCAAAACCGAAAGAAAUCGAGACAUUUGGAAGAUAAAGCAGAAUGUUUAUGCCCCUUCUCUUGAAAGUUACUACUAUAGUCUGGCCCAUCCGAUACUACAGUAUGUACAACAUAUUGGAUUAAAAAGAGAAUUUUGUUUUAAAGGCAGAGGAAACGGAAGUGGGAGAGAAUCAUUAAAAUUCUUCCAGAUUAUGGUAAAGAAUUUCAACACAACAAAGAAAUGCUUGUAUUGGAUAAAAGUUGAGUUAAUCCAAAGGGUGUUUUUAACUGGAUUGUAUUAAUCUAAAGAUUAUAUUAGAAGCCAUCAUAUUUUUUCACCAACACUGAGCAAUUUGGGUGGAGGUUGCAGCGUUGGAAUGAGAUUUCAGAGUUUUAUGAUGUAGUGUGAAAGAUAACCGCACACAAAAAGUUUGUGAAGCGUUAGAGACGUCGUCAGGGGUCAGAGAUUUCCUCCCGUAACGGUAACGAUCGUCAAGAUUGGAAUUUGUACUUGGAAUCAUGAUUGAAAUCACAGUGAACGGGAUCGAUUGUAAAGCAACAAUUCAUGACAGAGCUACUUUCUUCUCUCUAUGAGUGUAUUAUGUUUUCAUGUGUAUCAUAAUAUUCUCUGACAUGAAGUCUUGUUUCAUUUUUAUUCAUUAUAACCAAAAGAAAUAUUUGAUUGUUUCAUUCUGUGGUUUUAUUCUGUGAUUUAUAAUGAACUCAUUGUGAAUAAUCAGAUUGUUUCUUCGCAAUUUUCAAAUCACUUCUAAUCCUGUCAAAGAAAAUCAUGUUUUCAGUGCUAUUGUACCAAAGAUUGUAGCUUAUUGAGACAACCUUUCCUGAUAUUCAUAUGGAAAUAUUGAAAAUGAUUAUAUAAAGACAAUUGCUAUAGUAAUAAUUGUUUCAUAGUCAUUGCUUAUAACGUAGAAGGAAUAUUUUCUGAAAUAUGAAUUCAUAGCCAAGAUCAACAUAACUACAUGUAGUUUGGAUAAAUGAAGUAUACAAGAGAACCAUGUACUUACAAAUUACAUGUUCAUUUAUCUCAUGAUUUUACUGUUUGUACAAAAUGAAGAAUUCAGCUAUAUUUCAAAUCCUGAAUUAUGAAAUCAUGUUUGAUUAAUUUUUUAGAUGCUUUCCAAAUUUGACAAACAUGGCGUGUAUGACGUACUUGUGAUUAUUCGAUGCUCAAAGAUCUCUGAAACUGAUUGAUGAGAUUCAUUUAUUUUGAAAAUGAAAUCUUGAUGUAUGCUAUAUACUAUUCAUAUAUUUUACUCGAAUCAUGAAAUUCUAUUAUCAUACGUGACUGGUUAUGUCAUAUUUUAUGUCUUCAUGUACUUGUGAAAAUAUCACUCAUGCAUAGAUACAGUACAUAUAUGUUCUAUUUUUUUUCUUCAAUUAUUUGCAAUGGCAUAUUUGAAUAUGCUGUAAUGAAAUAUAUUGCAACAUAAUGCUUCUCAAUAACUGGAAAUUGUGAAAUAAAACAGUUACUUCUACUUUUUAUUGCAUUUAUGUGAUGUAGGAGACAUUAAGUUACAGAAUGUUAAGACUUAUCAACCAAAAUGAAGUCCCCUGUUUUUGUUGAAUUUAUGGAAAAAUGUAUCUAUUACAUACAAUUAAAGUCAUAUUUUUUUUUAUUUUUUUUUUGUUAAAAGAGUUCUUGAAACGCUUGUUUGUGAUAAGCUUCUAGAACCUCAUUAGGGCAUCCUGAUUAUUGCAGAUGCAAUUAGGAUCAGAUAUACAUGUAGAUCAUCAUGACUGGCAGGAUGGAAACCUUAUUUUUAUGACCAUUACGGAGGAAAUGAAGAAAAGGACAAUAGAUUGUGUAGUAAUAAUAACCAGCAUUUAACAAUAAUAUAUCACAGUGUUUACAGACAAUAAGCACCAAAAUGCGUAAAAAUUACAAUACAAAUACGUAUACAAAAGAUAGAUGAUCAAAAUAUGUAUUGUGUGUGUGUGUUAAUUUUGUAUGGGCUUGAGGGGAUUAAAUAGAUUGUCUGCUCUCAAUCUGGCUCCCCUCCCCCCACACUCUUGCUUCACUUAUGAACAUGUCUUCAUCUUAUCUUGGAGUAUAUGGUAACAUAAUAUCUAUCAUUUUCUUAAAGACUACUCCAGAGGUCAAACCUCUCAUUUUGAUAUUUGUUUAGAGUAUGGUUUUAUCUUCGAUGAAUGAAAAUGUGUGGAUGUGUGAAAUCUUAUUAUCGAUUUCAACAGUAGAAUGUCAAUUGGAGCUGAUUUAUUAUAAGAAUCGGAUAUAUUUGAAGUCUACCACCGACAUUGAAUAUGAUGUGUGUAUUUGAAUCGUGGUUAGUGUAGUCUUCGUUUGAUAGGGAUAUAUAAAACUAUAUAUCUUUUCUAAGCAAAGUACUUGUAAAUUUGUAUUACUGAGAUAUGCAAGUCGUUAAGGGUGGACAGUCAAAUUGAAUCAUCAGAAAAUUGUGGGGUAAAAUGAUUUCAUUGAUCCAAAGGGAAUUUUGUGUGUUAAAGUUCUUUUAACAAUGUAUAUUAUUCCCAUAUUUUGAGCAAACGUACAUUAAUUCUGACCCAUUUUCAUGUUUUAACAUUCGUAGUUUUGUGUUGAUAAUGUAAAGCAAACUCCAGUGUAUUUGUUGGAUUGGAAAUGCAGAAGGUAUUCAGAAAGAUUUUGAAAAUUGAUGCAAAUAGGACGUGCUAGGUGUUUUAAUCUUUCUUGAUUUUAGUUAGUUGUCGUUGAUCUGUAUGGUGCAAUUUAUUCUUCAAAAGGGUGGUGGUCUUUUUGUCUCAUAUAUUCUCUGUUGUGUUUUGAAGUAAUCACAAUGUUAGUUUGAAAUUAAAUUUUGUUCUAAAUGUGUGUAUACAUUCUUGUUCAAAUAACUAACUUUUUUUUUCCUGUUAAUAUAACACUGCCCUAUAAAUACAUUUUUGAACUUGUACUCAAGACGCUUUAGUAUGUAUGGAGUAUAUAAUUUUUAUUUGAUAUUUUUUUCUUCAUUUUAACCCCGACUACCUAGUAGUCGACGCUUGUAUAUAACUGAAAUGUUGGUGAUGCCUUCUUGUAUGAAAUUGUAUUUAUUAGACAUUCUACAUUUAAAAUAUUUGAAUGGAAUGUAAUUAUUUGGUCAUUAUUUUAGAAAUUUGAAAUCAAAGCUGGCUAAUAUUGUCAUUUUAUUAAAGGGGACAUUUUUUUUUAAAAAAAUGUAUGCAGCUGGAUAUGAAAUUCAACCUAAACUGUGGUCCCCUUUUCCCACCCAAAAUGUACUUUUUGUUGUAAAUAUCAAAUAUUUUCAUGACUAGGUACUACAAAACAUGCAUUUAAAACAUUGUUUGAAACAAAAUAAAAAAAUGUUAUGAAAAUGCAACAACAACAAAAAAGAAAUAAGUGAAACGAGGAUGACAGAGAUUUGAUCUUGAAGAUAUCUUCAGACCAGACAAUUUGAAAUGAAAUUUUAGAUCACUAUUUUUUGGGGAAAAAAUUUGACUUGUAUAUGAUGUGAACAUAACAUUUUGUAUAUAAUAUGUGUGAUAAAACUGAAAUUGAAUUUGUGUCCAGGUUGUCGUUUUUCGUUUGUUUCAUGCUCAUAUAUAUAUUGUGUAAAGAAAUGGAAGACAUAGCAAAGAGGUUUUUUCAUAAGCCCAGAUAUUCUAUUAAUCUGUUUGUGUACAAAUUAAAAAUUAGAAAACAGUGGAA